AUGCACACCUGUAACCUCACAACAGCCACUUAUGCAGAGACUGGUCAGGUUGUGUGGCCAGCAGCUGUGGUGCUGUCUCACUACCUGCUGCACCAUUCUCACCUGGUCCAGUCCAGGUCAGUUCUGGAGCUGGGGGCAGGGGUCGGACUGCCCGGCCUGGUGGCCGCCAAGCUGACCAAGGACCCCUCGGCAGUGGUGCUGACUGACCACACCGAGGUGGUUCUGGAACUACUGCAGAAGAACACUGAGGCUAACUUCACUGGGGAUACUGUCCAACCACCAGAUGGUCCUAAAUCUGCCCUUCUGGACUGGGGGGUUGACCUUGAGGAGUUUAGGAUGACCUAUGGGACCUUUGACCUCAUCCUGGGGGCUGACAUCAUCUACUGGAUAGAGCAGGAAGGUAUGGCAGAGCCGCUGUUCCAGACAGUCAGCAUGCUGAUGUCAAAAAAGGCGGACGCCAUGUUUGUGAUGUGUCACCAUGUCAGGUCAGCUCAGAUAGCCCAGAGUAUCCAAGACAUCGCCGGCAAGUUUAACCUGCUGUGUGCCGAGGUCGGCAAAGAUGACCUACCCGCAGUGUGCUCAGACAGCCUCAGUAAUGUCCCCCUGCAACUUUUAACCUUUACUCCUAAAGAUGCAGACAUCAUCGUUUAGCAACAAGGCUGUUUAUACAGACCUGAGCUGUAAAUUCCUAGUAAAGUAGAACGUCAAGUCAUAUUCAAGCAUUAGAUCACAGUACAGUAUGGAUCUUAAUAAAUUUAGACAUAUUAGUUACAACAUUUAAUAUGUAAAGCAAGUGUGUAAAGACAAUAUUACAACACUAACAGCCAAAACACUGAGGGCUGGUAUUUUUUCUGUUUUAUUUCAUCUGUCAGAAUAAUUUCACAUUACAAGCAAAGAUCACUUGAAAAUACUUUUAUAGAAAGACUCCACAGUUGCAAUUGAAAAAGUUGAAUGUCACAUAAGUGUAUACUAAGCUUGUCAGGACAAUGAAUAGCACCAAACAAAUCAAUUACUGACAAUUACUGAGAAAUAUGGUAGUGUAUAAGUAGAGAUACGAAAUUUCAAGGAGUAUACAUAUGUUAUGGUCCUUACAGAUAAUGGGACUUCACAGUGUUUUCCAGCUUUUCUUUAGUAUUGUAUUCCAUUCCUUAUUGUGACAAAGAGAGUAGCAAAUUAUAUGUCAUGAAAGAUUAAACGUAUCACCAUCAUUUCUGUCUUGAUGUCAUGUUACUUGAAUGUGUACUCUA